AUGCUUCAGGACUGGUGCAGGUGGAUGGGUGCAAACGCAGAGCGCUCCCUGCUCAUCCUGGAUAUCCCUGACAACUGUGAGGAACAUGAGUUCCAGGAGGCCCUGCGGGCUGCCCUGUCGCCCCUGGGCAGGUACCGAGUGCUCACCAAGCACUUCAGAAAGGAGCUCGGGGCCAAGGCAGCCUUGGUGGAGUUCGCUGAGUAUUUAAACCGAAGCUUGAUUCCCCGCCAAAUACCAGGCAAUGGGGGCCCCUGGAAAGUGAUCUUCCUGCCCCAAGUACCUGAUGUUGAGUUUCAGGAUAUGCCCAGUUUCCUUGCACAGCCCCAGGGGCAAGCAGUGGCAAAAGUUGCAGGUGAGGCAGGAGGCACAGGUGAGGGAGGAGCAGCAGGUGCGGCAGGAGGUGCAGGUGAGGGAGGAGCAGCAGGUGAGGCAGGAGGCGCAGGUGAGGCAGGAGGCGCAGGUGAGGCAGGAGGUGCAGGUGAGAGAGGAGCAGCAGGUGAGGCAAGAGGCGCAGGCAAGGCAGGAGGUGCAGGUGAGGGAGGAGCAGCAGGUGAGGCAGGAGGUGGAGGUGAGGCAGGAGGUGCAGGUGAGGGAGGAGCAGCAGGUGAGGCAGGAGGUGCAGGUGAGGCAGGAGGCGCAGGUGAUACAGGAACUGCAGGUGAGGUAGGAGCUGUGGGUGAGGCAGGAGGGACAAGAGCCUGGGUCCAGCCUUGGCGCUGCACCCUACAGGCUGUGCUGGAAAACAGGGCCUACCGGGAACUGAGACCCUUUUCAGGGAGGGAGCAGCCAGGCUGCGAGGAAGAGUCCUUUGAGAGCUGGGUGGAGCACGCCAGGGAUAUGCUGCAGCUGUGGUACCACGGGUCGGAAAGGGAGAGGAAGAGGUGGCUGCUGGAGAGGUUGGACGGCCCGGCCCUGGACGUCGUGAGCGGCCUCCUGGAGGAAGAUCCCAACUUGUCCGCGCUGGACUGCCUGGCGGCGCUGGGGCAGGUAUUUAGGAACCAGGACACUCGAAUGACUUCGAGGCUGAAGUUCCUGACCUGCACGCAGGGGCCCCAGGAGGGGCUGUUUGCCUUCGUGGUGCGCCUGGAAGGCCUGCUGCAGAGGGCUGUGGAGAAGGGGGCCGUCCACCCAGCCUUGGCCAACUACCUGCGAUUACGGCAGGUGCUGUCUCGGGCCCGCCUCAGCGAGGCACUCCAGGAUACCCUGAGGGGGAUGCAGCUGGAGAGGAGGCCACCUGGCUUCCUGGGGCUGCUCCGGCUCAUCCGGGAGAUGGAGGCGUGGGCAGCUUCCCCAGCGAGGAGCCAGCAGGGUGUGACCUGGCCAGAAGUCCCACUGGAGAGUGAAGACCCAGCUGCUGCCCAGGCCUCCUCAGCCCAGGGGGAUGCCAGCGAGUCUGAUCCUGGAGUGGAAGAUGCUGCCGAGGCCGCUUCUGCCACCAAAGAGGCUGCAAGGGGCGCCCCUGCCGCUGGGGAAGGUGAAAGUGCCCCUGCAGACCUCGAAGGCCUAGGUCAGGCAAGGCCCUGGAGCUCCUCCCCAGCCCGGAUGAGCAGUGCUGCCUGGGUGUUCCCAGGAGGUCCUAGCUGGGGUCCAGAGGGCCUCAUCCAGGUGAGAGGCCAGGAAGCCAGGAAUCCCCCACUGGCGGGGCUCCAGACCAUCUUGGAGGACCCCGAAAACGAGAAUGAGGACGGGGCUGGGGAUGCGGGCCAGUCCAAGUCCUCCCAGGGCAAAUAG